AUGUACUUUCCCCUGUUCAAUAGAACCGUGUUUCAGAUGCGACUGGAAACUACAUACUCGCGAAAGGGCGACUUCAUUGACGAAUGCAAGGACAUGGGAUGGCUAAUCUCACUGGCUUUGGUCCUGUCUUUCGGUUGCCAGCAAUCAAGAGCAAAUGAUGUCGACCAAAUGCAAGCGCUCCGCCGCAAGCUUGUUGUUUUCGCCAAAACCUACUUCCGUGUACUUUUGACGGCGACGCAAUUAGAGAACGUUCAGGCACUUGUCCUUCUCAACAUGCACCAUCACAACGUUGGACAAAAGAGCAGUUCGUGGUUACUGAUUGGUCUUGCUGCACGCAUGGCAAUCACCAUGGGAAUGCAUCGCGAUAGCUCGAAUCUACAGUUUGAACCCAUCGAAUGCAACGUGCGCCGGCAAGUAUGGUGGUCCAUCUACAUAUUUGAGAAGAUACUGUGUGGUAUAUUGGGUCGUCCUACGGGAAUUGACGACAGAGAGGUAGCGAUGAAGGUUCCCGACGCACCAAUGCUCGAGCAAACGCGCAUCACCGCAAUUUUCAUGAACCUCUGCUCCGACCUCGUGUCUUUGUCGUACCGUAUCCGACAACGUGCAUACUUCGACAAGACCUCGUCCGAAGAGCGAUCGCCGACGCUGGCUGUUGCCAUGACCCUACUCCGCGAAUGCGACAACUUCUACGCGAACAUCCCUCCACACAUGUCCCUUGAUCAAGCCCCAGGAGGUACAGACUCGAAGGCAAUGAUUCUGUUGCUGCACAUGUACUACUAUUAUACACGCUGUGUCAUCUCCCGAGACUUUCUCAUACAAAAAGUCGAGAGCAACGUCUGCUUCUUGGAGAACAAAGCGUUACCGGCUUCUGAGGAUUGGCCAUCGACUCUAAUACUUGCGGAAGACUGUGUUGACUCGGUGCACAAGAGUCUCCAGUGCAUCACAAUUGGGAUAGAUCUUGGUAUCUUCGAGAUCAUGGGCUACUCGUGGUUAGACUUUUUCUUUGUAUUCCAUGCCGUCUUGAUAGUAUGCGCAGACUUCCUCGCUCGACCCAAAGGUCAAACAGAUUCACCUAGAGACAUCGAGCGCAAAGCGACGGUGUGCACUGUCCUCGAGCAGGUCCGUGGAAUGCAGCAAAAGCUCCCAUCCACAUACAAAACCUUGGGUCAAAUUGCGCUGCAGUUCGCCAGGAUAACCGGUGUUACCCAAGACAGUGAUUCACCAACGAUACAAGACGCACCAGCCGAUGCGUCUCUAGAAUCUGUUGUGGAUAUGGCACAUGAGGAAAGCAACGACCAAGUCGGCAUGCUUGACAUAGGAGGCGAUUGGUACACGGAUGCGACAGCAGAUCUAGGGUUAGAUUUCUUCGACCUGGGCCAAGCGACGCAUCCGGUGACAUUCCCUAUCAUGGAUCCUCCAACACGUUCUGAGAACGCGGGCGAUCCGACGGGUGACGUUGUAGAUGAUUGGACGGACAGGGCGCUAAAGGGGAUGCACACCCUUUAG